AUGGCAGAUCGACAGCAACCUAUCAAGACACUAUUCCUUGUGAUUUCCGACAUGCAUGGCCUCAAGAAGCUUGCGAGAGAUACCUUGAAUCAUUCUGUAGACGUCGUUAUCCUCUGUGGAGAUCUAAGCACAGAUUCCGAAUUUGAGGAAUAUAAAGCCUCCAUUAGCUUCCUCCGUACCAUCAACGCACCGCUGAAAAUUGCAAUAGCUGGGAAUCACGACUUCACGAUGGAUAUUGCUACCUUCCGAAGAAAAGUGGCUUAUGUCAAACCGCCAUUGAACCCUUCCCUGGUCCAACAGGUGUAUGGCUACGGAGGCGAGGCGAGAAAUCUAUUUGACAGACAAGCUGGAAAUACUUUUCUGAACGAAUGA